AUGGGCAACAUGGAUCAGUACGAAGUAGGCGAUGGGCCAUUUGGCCCAGUCGUUAAUGGCACAAUGGUACUAGUGUUUUACCCAUACAGACCAAGCCAAGCAGCUGGAUACGCUUUCAUGGCUUUAUUCGCUCUGGCAACUCUUGGACACAUUGUCUACGCUGUGCGACUCAAGGCCUGGGCAUUUGUGCCGCUGAUUUUGGGAGGAAUCGCGGAAACUUUUGGCUACUACGGGAGGGCUCUAUCGCAUCAGCACCCAGCACGUCUUGGGCCGUGGAUCCAACAGAAUCUGCUGAUUCUCGUCGCCGCGCCAUUUAUAGCUGCAACUAUUUACAUGAGCUUGGGGGGUGCCAUCACCGCACUGCAAGUAAACAAAUUUUCUCGAUUGCCUGCGAGGUGGAUCACCAGGAUAUACGUUCUCAUUGAUUUGCUGUGCUUGUUGAGUCAGCUCGCAGGAACUGUGAUGCCUGCCUCAGGGGAUGCGCAUCUCAUCGAGCUCAGUCGCAAAAUUAUCUUCGGUGGACUCCUCGUGCAGCUCGUUGCCUUGGCGUUCUUUUGCUAUCUUACGUGGCACAUUACACAUGUUGUUGCUCGAGAGGAGCCGAAGAUGUUUGCGCAUGAUGCGGGCGUCAACUGGAAAGCCCACUUCAGGACGAUUUUCGCGACUGCGAGUUUGGUACUGGUGAGAAGUCUGCUACGGGCGGUCGAGUAUGGACAAGGCGAGCAAGGCUUUAUCAUUUGUCAUGAGGUGUUCAUCUACCUGUUUGAUGCAGCUCCAAUGUGGCUCGCCAUGGUCGCCUAUCUGUGGAUCCAUCCUAGUCGACUCAGGCGAGAUGCGUACUUGUUGUUGGAUCGUGAUAUGCAGCUCAACUUACGAGAGCUAUUAUAG